AGAAGUGAGACCAGCUUCCUCCUCUAGAGAAACUUUGAACUGUUAUUUAUAUUGUUAAUUAAUGUUAAAUACAUUGCGAUUUCCUUAUAUACUCACCUUUUAAUUGUGUUUUUGACCUGCAGCUGUGUUUUAUUAUUUCCGCAGAACAACAGAGUGAGAGAGGAGAGGACUUACCAUGUCUUUAAGAUCAGCAGCAAGAGGAUUUCUAGCUUUCCUUCUGUCAGUACCAGCGCUUCAGGGUAUUGAUGAAUGGACGGUUACUUACUCACCUAGUAAUGUCUGCGCUUUAAGAAAAUCGACGGUUGACCUCAGUUGCACUUAUGAAUACCCUGACAACGUACAGUACCACCCUAACACAGUCUAUACACUGUGGUUUACUAAAGUAUCCAACAGUCAACCUGUUGAUCUGCGAGGUGAUGCAGACUAUACAGGUCGUGUUGGAUACAGCUGUGGAGAGGUCAGAUGUACCGGGUCCAGAUGUCAUGGAACAUGUACCCUGAGAAUCAAAGAACUGAGAGAGAGUGACUCUGCUGUCUACAAGUUUCGGUUCACAACAAACCAACCACGUGGGGAAUAUACUGUUGACCCUGGAGUGACAUUAUCUGUAACAGAUCUCCAGGUGAAGGUGUCCUUUCCUGACCCUCCCGAUCCUACCAGGGCAGAGCUGGAGUGUCACAGUAGGUGUGGUCUAGCUGGUGACCCUCCCUACAUCUGGUACAGAAAUGAACAGAAUCUAAGACAUGGAGAGAAGAACUUGGUCCAACCUCGGUCUGGAGGCAGCUAUUCAUGUGCUGUUGAAGGACACAAUCUCACCUCUCCUUUUGUGUACGCUCCAAAGACCCCCUCAGUGACCGUGAGUCCCUCUGGUGAAAUAGAGGAGGGCAGUUCAGUGACUCUAAACUGCAGCAGUGAUGCCAAACCAGCAGCUAACUACACCUGGUUCAAGGUCAAUAUAGAUAAUUUCUCCAGAGACAUGAACCACGGACAACCGCUCGUCUUUGGACACAUCCUGUCUACAGACUCUGGACAAUAUCGUUGUGACGCACAAAAUAAGCUAGGGAAAGAAUCAGUCUCCAUCUCUAUCAAUGUCCAAUAUGGACCCAAACACACAUCUGUGUAUUCAAGUCCCCCUGGUGAAAUAGAGGAGGGCAGUUCAGUGACGCUGAGCUGCAGCAGUGAUGCCAACCCAGCAGCUAACUACACCUGGUUCAGGGAACAUGAAGACUUAGUGGAAGAAUCGGGACAGAACCACACUAUCACUAAUAUCCCACCUGACCUUGGAGGAAACUAUUACUGCCAAGCUCAUAAUGAAAUCGGACGUCACAAUUCCCCCUUUUUAUUCAUUAAAGUGACAUCAUCAUCACAUACAGCAAUGGUAGCUGUAACAACCAGUGUUAUGUUACUGGCCACCAUACUUCUCCUUCUCGUCUUCCUCUGGUUGAGAAGAAAGAGGGCCUCCAGAAAGGCAUGUGGACAGGGAGGAAGGCCAGAUACUGUGGAGGAGCCACUUCCUGUUCCUGUGUAUGAAAACGCCUCAGCUCUGACCAAUCAAAUGGUUCCUACACUUGGAGAACGAAAUGAAGAGAAGGAUGACGACCUUCACUGUGCCAGCAUCCACGCCUCUCGCUCAGAGAACCAGGAAGUUCCUCGCUGGUUGACUGGCUCUCGUGUCCAAUCAGACCAGACAGAUACAUCCUUUUACUCUGUGCUCAACAUUAAGAGACUCAACGCUGUCCCUGGAGAAAGUGACCAGACAGAAACCUCAGAAGUUUACAGCAACGUCAAAGAAUAACCUGGAGAUUGAACCAGUGGCAGCAGCACGAUGUAAAUAGUAGUGAAGAGGAGGUUUUGGGAAUAUCUAGUGCUGGCUUUAGACCAGGGGUCGGCAACCCUAGGCACGCAUGCCAACACUGGCACGUGGCAGCAUAAUCAUUGGCACACUUGAGAAGAAAAUGUCACAGCACAAUGUGGCAGCAUAAUCAUUACUACCGGGUUUUUUUGCACUUUAUUUUGUUUUGGGCAUUUCCUCCCUGUGUAUGUUUAAAUGAGAUACUGAAAGCAGUGUUCUGAAAUGGGAUCAAUUAAUAGUAUGUAGCCUAAACCUAUGUUGUGAGUAAUAGAGAAGAAAAUAUUUAAAAUAUUGUGGCAAGUGGCCUGUAUGCAUCGCCUUCACAUGGUUUUGCAAAGCUGUACAUGUCUUAAAGAUAUGAGGAUGGUUCCAACAUUCUCAUAUAUUCUCGGUUUCUCACAUUGGAAAUAUGUUUUUGAAUGAGUUUCUGGAAGUUGUGUUUUAAGAUGGGACAUAUGUAAUUAUAAUUUGCAAUCCCAUGUUGCAAAUAUAACAGCAAAAAAAUCAUUAUACAAUUCCAGGUCUUCUGGAAAUGUUUUUGGUCGCUGUGUCAUAAUUCAGCUUAAUAUAUAAUAUAUUUUUGCUUAAGGCACACAUUAACGAGAAAAUGUCAAACUGGCACUGCAUGUUGAAAACUUUGCUGACCCCGGCUUUAGACCAAUGGGAGUGUCGGUGAGAACACAGGGUUGUCCAGUCAGAGUUCCAAGUUUUAUGGGCUUUAUUGUCCAAAGGUGUGAGCAGGACUGUAUGCAUGCGUGUUGGUGGGUAUGAUGCUAACGUGUAACUAGGUAUAAUGGGUAGGUAGUUAGGUUGGAUAUAUGUGUGUUAAGGUAAGUUGUGUGUGUGGCAAAGCCUGAUUUCCACCGGGGACGUAAGCGCCGCGGUCACCGCUGCUGAUCGCUGCCACUCUAAUCAAAGAAACCAUUCCCACCGGGCGCGCUGCGGAACGUCUUAGCAUCCCAGGAGCAUCCCAACGUCUCAGCGUCCCAGGAGCGGCGCGCUGCGCCGCAGCACUAUCAUUCCGUAGCACUUCUAUUUUUGACGCAAGACGUUGCUGAACCGCGUCAAUUUCAACAGAGCAGAUCGAGCCGGGCAGGAAGUGAAAAAGUAAAAGCCAUAGAGCAUCCGGUCAAUUUUUUAAAUAAAACCAGAGCCCGUCUACGAAGAGCCUGGGCACUCCCUAUACGCCCCAUUGUACCGAUUUUGGUUGUAGUUCCAUGAGACAUCCACUGGGGGUGAUCGCGGGCGAGUCCAGAUUGAAUGGGAGUCUAUGGGGCUAGACGGCUAAUUAUGCCUCUUUCACCUGCUUGUCGUUGAAAUAUCGCAAAUUUUAUUGUAGAUUCCGCAAGUUCAAUAUAGAUUAUGGUUCAAAAGUCAAAUGAGUGAGUACUUAUGUCCUUUCGAUUUCUUACAGUUUGGGCCGUUGUUGGCCAUACACGCUAGCAUUCUGCUAAUGAAUGCUGAUUGGUCAGGGACGGACUUGCGACUGAUUACGACCAGAGACCCCUCUUGACGGCAUCUGAAGCUGAAGAGCAAUCAGAAACGUGUUAACUCAAUUUUUGCGUACUGUAUUUAUAUUUUCCUGCAGGCCCUUUUAUUUUUUAGAUAGUAUGUAUGGUGAAAGUACAUGGGCAUAAAUGGAAUUUCUUCCAUUUCUUGUGUUCAAUGUUCAAUGUGUUA